AUGAAUUGUGGAAUGAUACGAUGGAAAAUAGAUCCUUUGUAUCCUACACCUUUUUCACCAGUACACAAAACACGGAAGUUUUCAGCAGUGAUUGGAGUAACAUCAUCAUAUAAUUCAAAAGUGAUUGGUGGUUGUUUUUCACCAUUGAUAGAAGUGUUGAAAAAAACUUUAGUUCCCCAAGCUCUUGGUGUGGUGGAAAAAAAUCUAGCAGAUUUGAAGGUCAAUGGUUUUGUUAAAGUAGUCUUAAACAUGGUUUUUGAUCGAUUAUGGAUAAUAUGGUUGGAGAAGAAAGAAUUGGAAAAUUUGUUUGAAAAAAAUAACUCUUUUUCUUUGCCCGCACUUACUCACUCACUCACUCACUCACUCCAUCUUCCAAUCAAUCUGCUCCCCAUCAAAAUAAAUCUCCGAACUUUUCUUGCUAGGGGUGAAAAUUCUAGAACGUCCCCAAGGGGAAAAACAUUGUUGAUCGUUAGAGUUCAUAGAAAACGAAGAAAUGUUAUCUAA